ACAGUAUCGUGUUGUAGGAAAACAAGACCCAAAGUCAACCGGCAUUCGUAUUUUUUUUUCAGAUUCUGACUCGCCUGCACUAAUGUUUGAGUGUUUCCGUAAGGAACUGUUUUUUUUUGCUGGUGGCCGAGUGUGCAGCACAUGGUGUGCCGCGACAUCUGCUCGACGAGGAACGCGAGAGUCGUGUGAAGGAACUCGGAACUGAAAUCGGCUUAGCGGCGUUGGAGGGGGUGUCUCAGGAAACAGCCGCUCUUGUAACAACUCGACCAAAGAUUUUUUCUUUUUUUUACUCUUAUUAUUCUGUUCUUUCGUGUUUUGAUCCUCGUCCCCCCUCUAGUCUUCGUGGAUCUUACAUGCAAUCGGGAUACAGGAAGAUGAGAAAGAAAGCACGUGUGCUUUAACAGGUUACAAUACAUCUGAACGAGAGAGCCUAAAAUAUGGAAAAGUCAUGGAGAUUAUGGGGCAUUGCUCGGAAGGGGCUAUUGACUUUAGCAUCUUGGUCCUGGGCUCUGUGCCGCAUCUCACUGCUUGCUCUGAUUUUGACUUUUCAUCUCUACGGGGGCUUCCUGCUGCUGGUUUUAAUACUUGCCUCAGUUGCAGGUAUAUUGUACAAAUUCCAGGAUGUUUUGCUAUAUUUUCCCGACCAGCCAUCGUCUUCUCGUUUGUAUGUCCCGGUGCCUAGCGGGAUCCCACAUGAAAACAUCUUCAUUAAAGCCAAAGAUGGUGUUUGUCUCAAUCUUAUCCUGUUGCGGUACACUGGAGACAAUCCAACCUUUUCACCAACCAUAAUAUACUUCCAUGGUAAUGCAGGUAACAUUGGUCACCGAGUUCCCAAUGCACUGCUGAUGGUGGUCAACCUGAAGGUGAAUGUGGUACUGGUGGAUUAUAGGGGUUAUGGAAAAAGUGAUGGCGAACCCAGUGAAGAAGGCCUUUAUAUCGAUUCCGAGGCUGUUUUGGAUUAUGUCAUGACUAGACCUGAUAUCGACAAAACAAAAAUUAUUCUGUUUGGCCGCUCACUAGGAGGAGCUGUAGCUGUCCACUUGGCUUCUGAAAAUCCCCACCGGAUUUCCGCCAUCAUGGUAGAGAACACAUUUCUCAGCAUCCCUCACAUGGCAAGCACUUUGUUCUCUUUUUUUCCUAUGAGAUAUCUUCCACUCUGGUGCUAUAAAAACAAGUUCCUGUCGUACAGGAAAAUUACUCAGUGCAGGAUGCCUUCUCUGUUUAUUUCUGGACUGUCGGACCAGCUCAUUCCACCAGUUAUGAUGAAACAGCUUUACGAGCUUUCUCCGUCACGGACUAAGAGAAUGGCAAUUUUUCCAGAUGGCACCCACAAUGACACGUGGCAGUGCCAAGGCUACUUCACAGCCCUCGAACAGUUCAUCAAAGAGCUUCUCAAGAGCCAUUCUCACGAGGAGACCACAAAGUCCUCGUCUAACGUAACGAUUAUCUGAGGAGAUAGCAUCUCGGAUAGCUUCAUUUGUUAGUCUGUGAGCCGAGGUAACGGAAUGUACGUCUCUACUUGUGUUUAACGUACUGGUGCAUUGAGGUGAGACAUGGGAGCCAAACUCCAAAUUCCUGUUGUUUUCAUGAGCUGCCUUUCAUUUAAGCAAGGUUAAUGUUAGAUAAAGUGUUCACUUUAUCUAAUAACUUCUUUUUUUUUUAGUUAGGGAAAAAAUUUAAGUUUUUGUGGUGAAUAUUGUCAUUUAAAAAAAUAUAUAUUAAAACCUUUCAGUUUUAUGCAUAUCUUGGUUAAAUAAGGCAAGCUCUGAAAAUCAUUUUGGUAAUAAUGUCUUUAAAUUUAAAACGUUCUCUGCAUGUCUUCCGGGGAAUAAAACCAUACAAGAACAUACCAUUCUUUUCUGUACCUCAUAUACUGUAGCAAUGCUGUGGUUAGACUUUAAGCCAUUCUUUAAAAACAAAAAAAAAAAAAAGAAAGAAAAAAAUUACUCAUGAUAUUAUGAAUAAUUUUUUUUUUAGAAAAGCAUUGCACUUUUUACUUUCCUUUGUCUUACGAGAAACAAAGCCCUACUUUUCUAAUGAUGUUGUUUGUAAAGUGAUUGAAAUUUUAAACACGCCUGGUCAUUUAAAAAAAAAAAAAAGAUAUUCUCGCACAUUAGUGAAUGCCAUUUUUCAAAGUGUUUCACAUUUUGAAGUACAUGCAAAAAAUAAAUAAAUAAAUCUGUCGACGGGUUCGGCAGAAGUCUUUCGUAUUAGCCAGUUUUAUUUCUCUUCUGUGCGACAGAGAGCCUUACAGAUGCACUGCACAUUAGCGAUCGGCUUUCGCUGCUUUACGUUCUUUACAAUGCCUGCCUGUAAACUUCCCUCCUCCUUGUAUGGAUAAAGUUUAAACCCCAACACCAAUGUUGAUAUUGUAAUUAUACAAAUUUUCAUCUGCAUCUUGUUUCUGGUAAUCUUCUGUACGGUUACGCUCCAUUUUAUCGUAAUAGUCAGCCUGGUCCAAAAUAGGGCAAGUUGUUUGUGUUAAAGCGGUUUUAUUGCUUCUCUUUUGUAUUUCCUUCACACAGUAAAUGUAUUGAAUGGAAAACUGAAAAAAUCAAUUCCAAAUUCAAAGUACAAAAUAAUUAUUUAAAAAAAAAAAAAAAAAUAGUGUACACACACGCACACAAAAGUUAGGAGUUUUAUACCUUUCAGAAUAGUUAUAGAGGGCUAAUAGAUGUUUAUGUAAGAGUGUCCAUUUCACUAUUUUUUAAAUAGAAUUUCAUAAACCUUUUUAGUAUUAAAGGGAUUUAUUUAUCUGAAUUAUAUCAUUUGAUGAUCAACUGUCCAUUUAUAGUGCUUUAUUUACUAAAAUGUCUGUAUUUUCCACAUUCAUUUAGGAUUUUUGAUAAUGAGUGACAUCACUGUUAUGAUGCAUUAUUUAUCUUAAGAUCUGCAAUUACUGAACCAUUUAGGCUGCAUUUAUUUUAUUGAUAAAAUUCUUUGAACCACUUACAAUGCAUUAUUUACCAUAAGAUUUAUAUUUAAAUAUUAAUUCCUUUAAGUAUUUUUGAUAGUGAUAUACUGUAAUGAACAAGCCCCCAGUUAACAGUGCACUGUCUACCGUGAGAUCUGUAUUUGCGAUUUCAUGUGGAAUUUUGGGAACACUUUCUCAGUUAUCGAGCAUUAUUUACCACAAAAUCUGUAUUUACCGAUUUAAUUUAGCAUUAAUUUUAAUGAUAAAGUUUUAUGAACAGCUUCCUAAUCACAAUGUAUAAUUUACCACAAAAUCUUUAUUUACCAAUUUUAAUUUACCGUUAAUUUUAAUGAUAUAAUUUGAUGAACAACUUCCCAAUUACAGUGCAUUAUUUACCACAAAAUCUGCGUUUGCCAAUUAAAUUUAGCAUUUAUUUUAAUGAUAGGAUUUGAUGAACAACUUCCUAAUCACAAUGUAUAAUUUACCACAAAAUCUUUAUUUACCGAUUUAAUUUACCGUUAAUUUUAAUGAUAUAAUUUGAUGAACAACUUCCCAAUUAUAGUGCAUUAUUUACCACAAAAUCUACGUUUGCCGAUUUAAUUUACCGUUAAUUUUAAUGAUAUAAUUUGAUGAACAACUUCCCAAUUACAUUGCAUUAUUUACCAUAAAAUCUGUAUUUACAGAUUUAAUUAUCGUUAAUUUUAAUGAUAUAAUUUGAUGAACAACUUCCCAAUCACAAUGUAUUAUUUACCACAAAAUCUGUAUUUACCAAUUUAAUUUAGCAUUAAUUUUAAAGAUAUAAUUUGAUGAACAACUUCCCAAUUAUAGUGCAUUAUUUACCACAAAAUCUACGUUUGCCGAUUUAAUUUACCGUUAAUUUUAAUGAUAUAAUUUGAUGAGCAACUUCCAAAUUACAGUGCAUUAUUUACCAUAAAUCUGUAUUCACUGACUCAUCAUGUAUUGAUUUUAAUGAUAUAUUUUGAUGACCAAAAUCCUAGUUAAUGUGUAUUAACAUUUACAUUAGGGUUUUUAUUUAUGGAUGUCUUUAGAAUUAUUGACAAUGGUAAGUCAUUCAGAUUCAGUAUUCACUUUUAGCUACGUAUUUGCUGAUUCAUAGUAAUGAUAUAAUUCACUGAACACCAUCUCAACUAUAGUGCAUUAUUUGCCACGAGAUCCAUAUUUACAGAUUUUUGAAGGAGUUUGGGCAGUAAUAUAAUUCAGUGAGGUUUCUUCCAGUUUUAGAGUAUUCUUUACCUUAAGACCCAUGUUUCACGGAUUCAGUUAGGAUUUUUGCUGAUGAUAUAAUUCAGUGAAUUACUUACCAGUUACAGUGCAUUAUUAUUAUAGGAUUUCUAGUAAUGAUCUAAAUCAAUUAACUCCUUACUACUUCUAGUGUUUAUUUACCAUAAGACCUCUAUUUAUGGAUUCAUGUUGGCGUUUUACGAAUGAUAAGACAGGCCAAUCAACUCCUUCCCAGCCAUGGUGCAUUAUUUACCUGAAAAUCAAAAUUUAUAUGUUUAUUUAGGGAAUUACUUCCUGACCGCGAUUCAUUAAUUACCAUAAGGUCCAUAUUUACAGAUUCUUGUAGGAUUUUUAGUAAUGAUAUUGUUCCCUAAAAUUCUUCCCAGUUACAGUGCAUUAUUUACGAUGAGCUUCAUAUUUAUGGAUUUUUUGCUAACUAAUUGUAUGGUACAAUAAAAACCCACCCAUUCAUGGUGCAUUAUUUACUACUAAAUUUUAUGGAUUCAUUUAGGAUUUUUGGUAGUGGUAAGUGGUCAAAUUUAGGGAAUUACUUCAUUGUAAUAAUUCAUAAUUUACCAUAAGGUCCAUAUUUAUGGAUUUGUGAAAGAUUUUUAAUAAUGAAAUAAUUCUAUUAACGCCUUCCUAGUUUACAGUGUAUUAUUUGACAUGAGAUUAUUAGUUUUGGAUUCACGUUUGAGUUUUUUUUCUUUCUUUAUAUUAAUAACAUAGUUCAGUCAACUCUUUCCCAGCUGUACAGCAUUACUUACUGAGAAAUAUGCAUUUUAUGGAUUCAUUCAUGAUUUUUGGUAAUGAUAUAAUUUAUUGAAUUACUUCAUGAUAAUGGUUCAUUAAUUGUAGUAGUGUAAGAUUUUUAGUAAUUAUAUAAAGGAAUGAACUCCUUCCCAGUUAUAGUGCAUUAUGAGAUCCAUACUUAUCAAUUCAUGUAGAAUUUUUAGUAAUGAAAUUAACUAAUGAGCUCCUUUCCAGUUAUUUUAUCAUUAGAUCCAUAUUUUUGGGGUCACGCAGAAUUUUUGGUGAUGAUAUAAUUCACUGAAUCACUUCCCAGUUUCAGUGCAUUGUUAACAAUGAGAUCUACAUUUAUAGAUUCAUGUUGGAUUUCUAGUGAUGACAUAAAUUGACGAACUCCCUCCCAGUUAUAAUAUUUUAUUGAGCGAUCCAUAUUUAAGGAUUCAUACAGAAUGUCUGGUAGUGAUAUACUUCAGUAAAACGCUUCCCACUUCCAGUUUAUUAUUUAGCAUGAGCUCUUUAUUUAUGGAUUCAUGUUGGAUUUUUAAUAAUGUUAUAAAUUAACAAACUCUUUCACAGUUAAUAGUGCAUUAUUUAUUAUGAGAGCCACAUUUAUGGAUUCAUGCCGAAUGUUUGGUGAUGAUAUAAUUCAGUUAAUUACUUCCCAGUUGAAAUUCAUUAUUUACCAUGAGAUCUGUGCAUAUGGAUUCAAUUGUAGUGAUGACAUAAAUUAAUGAACUCCUUCCCAGUUAUAAUAUUUUAUC